AAACGAAAACGAGAGCUGGAAAAUACUAUCCAAGAUCCUAAAAAAUACAAGAAGAAAAAUGUUCUGCAAGAUACCCCAGAGUGCAGCAAACUGAAGUGUCCCUUUUAAAUCCAGAUCAAUGAGUCGGAUAGCAGACAAACUUGAGAAUUCCAUGUCUCCUGUGUGAGAAGAGGUUUGAUUUUUUUUCCAGAGACAUGACACUGCCAAGUUCAUCUUGUGCACACAGCUUCUAAACAAGAGUUUGAAACAGAACACUAGAAUACAGAAUACAGAGAAUAAAGACCAAGCGCACCGCCAAACAUGAACCCAUUCACAAUCAUACUGCCUAAACCACCAAGCCAUCUUGAAAGGUCAAAGGUCCAAUCUAAUGCCUGCGAUGGACAUAAUGGAAGCAUACAGACUACGCAUGGAGACAGAAAGAAAAGCAUCGUCCAUUAUCUGUACCGGAGUACGUUAGGGGGAAAUGUUCGAGCAAAGUGCCUACAGACUCGAUUCCUGCGUUCUCUGGCAUCUUACAUUCUGUAUCGUACCAAUAGUCCCUUUGACAGAAGAGUUACCACCCUCGAAUGGCAUCCCACUCAUCCGAACACUGUAGCUGUGGGUUCAAAGGGUGGUGACAUCAUCCUGUGGGACUACGAGGAGCUCAACAAUACACUUAUUCCAGGGAUUGGGGCUGGAGGGUGCAUUACAGGAAUGAAAUUUGAUCCUUUCAAUGCAAAUCAAAUCUAUACAUCGUCAGUGGCUGGCAGUACUGUCUUACAGGAUCUAACAGGCCGAACUAUACAAAUGUUCACUAACACAGAGGACUGGGCAAUGUGGUACUGCAGUCUGGAUGUAUCUGCCAGCCAGCAGUGUGUUCUGACGGGAGAUAAUGUGGGCAAAGUUGUGUUGCUGGAGACCUGUGGGAAGGAGAUCUGGAAGUUACGGCUACACAAGAAGAAGGUGACACACGUAGAGUUUAAUCCACGUUGCGACUUCCUGUUUGCUACUGCCUCUGUGGACCAAACUGUCAAGCUCUGGGACUUGAGAAACCUUAAAGACAAGUCUAGCUGCUUAAAUACCCUCCCACAUGUUCGAGGAGUGAACUCUGCGUGUUUUAGCCCCUGGGAUGGUGCAAAGCUUCUUACCACUGACCAGCAUAGUGAAAUUAGAGUAUAUUCUGCGAGUGAUUGGUGCAAACCGCAAUGCAUUAUUCCACAUCCACACAGACAGUUCCAGCAUUUGACUGCCAUAAAGGCUUCGUGGCACCCACGGUAUGACUUGAUAGUUGCUGGGCGAUACCCAGAUCCACACUUCCCAGGGUACACGGCUGACGAAUUGCGUACAGUGGACGUGUUGGAUGGUCAGAAUGGGAACAUCGUUUGCCAACUUUAUGAUCCUUAUGCAUCUGGCAUUGUAUCGGUCAAUAAGUUUAAUCCUAUGGGAGACCUGUUGGCAUCGGGCAUGGGUUUUAACAUUUUAAUCUGGAGCCGUGAGAUUUUAUUAAUGAUGAAGCAGCAGCAAAUGAUGAAGGCGUUGCGCGAUAAAGGUCUUUUCGUAGGAAGAAAGGAAACGCGGACAUCGCACACGAACAGUAACAAGGAUAAACAAGGAACUAAGCUUGAGAAAAAAGAGGCAGUCAGAAUCAGGACUGUCUUAAAGGAAGAGACUAAAACACAUCGUGGAAAAAUGAAAGAUAAAGGCAAAUAAACUUGGCGGUCUCCAGGCUCCAUCAGUCAGAACAGCACUAAUAUUUACUAAAGUUAGAAUUGAAGGUAACCUUGAAAUUUAAGGCCAGAGAAGCCGAUCUAAAUGCAUAGCUG